AUGACUUUUAGCCAGAGGUUUCGCUUAAACCUGAUCCAGGAGGCUAAAACAGAGCUAGACUUUCUUGCUUUGGUAGAUGAUUUUCCCAGUUUGUAUGCGGGUCCUGUUCUCAAAAAUGCUAUCAGGAGAUAUGAAAUGUUCUGGCUCCCACUGGCAGCCAGAGAGGGUAGCUCCAGUAGACUUCUCGCAGCGCCAUUAGACAUUGCUUGGGUAUGGUAUCUUCACAUGUUGUCACCACAGGAUUAUGAACAGGACUGCAUGAACAUUGUCUCUCAAGUUGUUGACCACUUGCCCAUGAACAGAUAUCAAAGAGAACGAGGUCUUCAAAACGCACGAUACUUGUGGCAGAACGCAUAUCCUACAGAAUGGUUUGAAGUCGACUUAAACUAUCCUACGCCAUUUACUAUGCCGUACGGACUGAAAAUUCGUUAUGACAUCGAAAAAGCAUCUUAUAACCAAUCCAAGUUCUAUUAUCAAGUAUCGCUCCCACACUUUAGCGAUAGCAAGUUUCUGGAAAGCGCUGUUGAGCGAUACGAACAUCAUUUGCAUCUCAAGAGCCAAAAUCCACAAGUUCCUAUGGUCCCGUGCACCGAUAUGGACUUGAUUUGGCACGCACACCUUCAUCACCCGCUGAACUACAAAGAAGUAACUUCAGAAAUAUUCGGGUCAGUAGUCUAUCCUGGAAUCUAUGACUCAAGUCUCAGCCUUGGACUAACUUUGGACGAUUCUGAGACUGGUACGAGGGCUCUAUCUUCUGCAGCGGGUUUCAAGUAUGACAAACCAGGAACCGUGUACAGAGGUGAGCCACCUGAACCACGACCUCCACGACAAAAUGGGCUUUACUCCUCCUUUGGAAGGCUCCGCUAUGUCAUGAGAAUAUUGCAAGUAGAGCUGGUAAAUGUGGAUGUGAGCAAAAAGUUUGCUGUCCGAAUUUAUGAUCCUAUGGGCGGUCUGAUAGUGGAUACAACGAUUCAAGGAGGAGUCCGUCUUAAUUUAAUGUCCCAGUGCAUCAUUGACAACGAAAAUCGUCACACGCUCACGGUAUCUUUGCACCAGAAAGCACUGCUUGGUUUUGAGGUCUAUUGGUUCAUCUGGGUCGAAUUUGCUGUCCUUUAUUGA